AUGUGGUUCUCAAGCGCUUUAGAAACAAAAAAUGAUAAAUUUAAUUUAACAGAACAGCUUAGUUCUUCUGCCGUGGAAUCAGGAAUCUGUACUCUAAAAAUUAGUCCUGAUGGAAAACUGAUGGCAUCUGAAGAUCGUGGUAGAAAUUUAAGCGGCGUACAUACUGUAACUGGCGGGUCAGAUAAAAGUAUUCGAGUAAAGUUUACUUCAGACUGUGAACACAUUAUUUCAACUUCUGCGGAUGUCUGUAUAUUUGCGUGGAAAAUAUUGGAUGAAUUGAUUUCAAAGAUGCGACAAAAAUGGCUGGAUAGAAGUGGAGUUAGUGGCUUGCUUAAAAAGAUAUCAACUAUUAUGAGAGAUUAUUCUUCAUCACAAAUGUCAACACCAUCACCAAUUCAACCUCGGGUUGAAGUCCAAGAAGAUCUAAAAAUGAUUAAAAGAGAUUUUGUACAGCUGAGAGACCAGCUAUAUCGUGAACAAAUUCAAGAGCUUGAUAAAGAAAUUGCGGAAAUAAAACAAAGACUAUUAACACAAAAAUCACUUAUGGUGGAUCUUCAACAAUUAUCAAAUGAUGAUCAAGAAUUAGAUUUUUCUGUUCGUCGAGCAACAAAUAAAUUACACGUUGCUAUUACAAAGUCUAUGUCAUUGACAUCGUCUUUAUCAAAUAUUAAUGAUGCAUCUGGAUUAGUUGACUUUGCGGCAACUACAUCAUUGUUACCUAGUAAUACGACGGGUUAUCUAGACUACCAAUAUCCCAACACCUUUAAAUUCAGUAGUUGGGCAAAAAAGGCUUUCAAAGAAAAGGAAAAAGAAAAACGUCUCAAAGAUAAUGCUUCAAAUAGCAACAACACUCAUAUACCUACUGUUACAUUUUCUGCUCAAAGUUAA